AUGAACGGCUUGCUCUCCGACUUCAAAGGAAACAAGACCGCCAACGGCAGUCCUCCUGCCUCUAUCGACAGAACGGCGAUGCCCCCGUAUACGUCCCCUCGCAACACCGCCGGUCCGCUGGCCAUCGAUUCUACAGUCAUGGCUCCCGACCCGAAUCCUGCGAACGUACCCUGGGCUCGCUCAAACGCCCACGCGCCGCCGCACAACUCCAAGACGUCACAAUAUAUCGACAGGAUCACAUCAGAGAAUGAGAGACUGAAGAGGGAGAUCAAGUUCGAGAAGCUUGCCAGGGAGGAAGAGGCAAAACGCGUGUCAGCCGCACGCUCAAAAGCGGAGGAUUCUCGAGCUGAGCAUCAGCACCUACAAGUGCUUGCGGACACCAAUGCGAGGGCGAUUGAUAGGAAAGAUCGAAAAAUCGAGGAGCUCAAGGCUGCGUUAGAGACGGAAGUGAGGAGGAGGAAGAUUGCUGAGCAGAGGGCAGAUGAGGCGUUAAAGAUGCUGGGGGACACCCGAUCGGAGACUCAACGCCAGCUUGCGGCAGCAUACGAACAGAAACACCUCGCCGAAACGAAUGCGGAUGCCGCGAGAGAAGGCUAUAAGCGCAUCAUGGAUAGCCUCGAGAAGAAGUUGAAGCUGAUUAAUGAGGAACUGAGAGAGCUGCGAAACCAACGGAUCGAGGACGCCGACAAGAUCAGACGGCAGGCAAUCAUCAGCGAACAGCUUCAGCACGAAACGGCACGGAAGGUGCGGACCGAGGACAAGAUGGUGGAUAUGAUGGGCACAUACAAGAGGGAGCAUCGGAAGGAGAUGGAUGCUCUCAUCGAGGAAGCCGAGCGAAUGCGAGCUGCGCUACCGGAAAAAGAGAAGGAAGCUGCACAGCUUGUGGAAGCUUUGAAGGAGACGAGGGACAAGAUGAUGUGGGUAAUGGCACAGCAGCAGCGUCAGGGCAGUUGA